AUGUCUGAAUUUGAUCGUAAAGUUUUAAUUGUGAGCCCACUUUCUAACGCCAGUGGGAACAAAUCUACCGCUUUAAGAUUGAAAACUUAUUUUAAAAAUUGCUUCGUGAAAGAUGUGAAGGAUCUCAAAGACGAUGUUGAAUUGAAUGAUUUUAUCAUUAAAAAUAACAUAUCAUGCAUUAUAAGCUUUCAUGCCUAUAGAACUGGUCACCUUUUCCAAAAUGGUUGUAUUGUGCCCUAUUCUUUUAUCUUUGUUGGCACAGAUUUGAAUGUUUUUAGUAAGAAUGAAAAUCAUAGAAACUUCAUGUAUGGAGCACUGCUUAAUUCCAGCUCAACUAUUACUUUCAAUAAAUAUAUGGAGGAUUUGAUAACAAAAACAUGGGUACUGAUUAAAACCGAAGUUAAGAAACAAGAAAAAUUUCUUGAUACCACAAGGCAUGUUAUAUUUUCAUCCAAUCAAAUCACAGCUUCCAAUGCAUCAGUAUUCUACCAGCCAACAGAGUAUGAGAUACCACAUUUUUCCAAACAAUCUCACUGUCAUAUUUUCUCAUUGGUCGCCGGCCUGAGGUAUGAAAAAGAUCCUCUGUUCCUAUUGGAUGCAUUUCAAGAUUGGCAUGACAGAGAGAGAAAUGAUGUCUACAUGGUUAUAGUUGGGGCCCCAGUUGAUCCGCUAUACGCUGCGGAAUUUAUAGAAAUCAUAAAGAAGUAUCCAUCAGUUAAAUACAUCGGCCAGUUACAGCAGCAAGAAACUUGGAAUGUGCUGCAAAAGAGUAUUGCCCUUAUUAACUCAUCAAUCACGGAGGCAAUGUCAAACAGCCUGCUAGAGGCCCUUAGCUUAGGAGUGCCAGCUCUAGCUAGGGUUAACAAUUCAAACGAAUACGUCGUGAAAGAUGGCAAAAAUGGUUUCCUGUUUAGGACGCCUUCUGAGUUCAUCACAAAAGCGAGGACACUGCUAUUGAAUCCUCAUAUGAGAAACUGCAUGUCCUACAAUGCCAAAAAAUACAUUCGCACUAAUCACAACCACGCCGUUGAAAAAUCUCGCUACAAUAAAUUAGUUAAUUAUCUAAUCAAUAAUAACGAUAAAUAUAAUAAUAAUGGUAAUAGUGAUAAUUGUGACGAAGAUAAUGCUGAUGGUCACAGCAAUGGAAAUGGUGCCUAUAGUCACUCUGAUGAAGAAUAA